AUGGAGACUUCGAACCAGGCCCUGGCGGGGAAAGCUAGUCAAUCUAACAGCAAGUCUCAAGAUCUCAAGCCCCGUCUUCUUCUUAUGGGGCUAAGAAGGAGUGGAAAGUCGUCAAUCGCUAGCGUUGUCUUCCACAAAAUGCCGCCGAACGAGACGCUAUUCCUUGAGUCAACUACUCGUAUUCAAAAAGACUCGAUUCACUCGUUUAUGGACUUCCAGGUCUGGGACUUUCCCGGUCAGCUGGAAUACUUUGAGCCUUCCUUCGACCUCGAGGAUAUCUUUGGGAGCCUUGGUGCUUUGGUUUGGGUCAUCGAUGCGCAGGAUGACUACCUGGAUUCAGUUGCUCGUCUGAACCGGACAAUCUUGACCGUGCAGCAAUACUAUCCUAACAUCAACAUUGAGGUUUUCAUCCACAAGGUGGACGGGCUUUCGGACGAGUACCGUGGAGAUACCUUCCAGGACAUUGUGCAACACAUUUCGGAUGAACUAAGCGAUGCCGGCUACGAGAAUGCGCCGGUCCACUACUAUAUGACGUCCAUCUACGACUACUCAGUAUUCGAGGCAUUCAGCAAAGUUAUUCAAAAGCUUAUUCCCAACCUGUCCACUCUCGAGAACUUAAUCAACACGCUUGGUGACAACUGUGGAUUCGAAAAGACGUAUCUCUUCGAUGUGCUGAGCAAGAUUUAUAUUGCAUCCGAUACUCGUCCUAUAGAUAUGGCAUGCUAUGAGAUGUGUUCGGACUACAUCGACGUAAUUGUCGACGUUUCUGAAUUAUAUUCAUGGGAUCAUCCGGAUCGCAAGCCUAAGGGCGACCAGAUCCAGGAAGCGGAGAGCCACGUCGUUCUGCAUGACGAGACGAUGAUCCAUCUCAUGGAAAUGAACAAGUAUCUGUGUCUUGUAUCCGUGCUCCGUCACCCUGAGGCCAAAGAGAAAAAGGGCCUGAUUGACAUGAACUGCCGUACAUUCCAAGAUGCUCUUCAGGAUGUGUUUACUCGCGGAUGGGAUCAGGACAAGGAUCAGGAGACAGAGAGUCAAGGGAACCAGGCGCAAGACUAA